AUGUCAUUUCCCACGGAAUUAUUCCCUGACAUUUGCAUUUUCCCCAAUCUUAGUUUACAAGGUCCCAAACUUCCGGUUUCAUUACCGCCUCCACCGUCCAAACGACGAGUGACUACAAGACAGAGUAGCACACCAAGCUUCUCGCCCGAAAAGACGACAAGUGUUCGUCAACCGAGUGCUUCCGAUCUAGCACCUCAAGACAAGGCUUCCGCCAUUCCGAUUUCACCGACCUCGACUUCCGAAAAGUCCAUACCCAACAUGGCUUUCGAUUUUGAAACUGGCGAGUUUUCACUGGCGGAUCUGGCUGGGUUCACCUGGCCAGACACUCAAGGCGCUGCAUCUCCAGAAGAUUGCUCUUCUGGUACAGCGACCCCUCACUCGACCGAGUCGGAGCAGUCCGCUGCUCUCGACCCUUCUCAAGACCAAUUCGACGACUUUGAGUUCUUUGAACUCGACAAGGCCGCCGCUAUUCCCCUCGACUCUGACCUUCCUUCUUACCAACAAGCCAUGGUUCCCGACAGCAACCUCGCUCAAGAUCCGACCAUGCUUGCGACCUUUGGCUCCGCGUUUGCCAACUUUGGCGAUCUGACUGGUCUAGGCCCCGAUGCUACUACGCAGCUGGGUCUCACAGGUCUAUUUGCUCACAGCACGGUCCCUGCUCCAUCCUCUUCCACUCUUCCUGUCCCUCAACCUGGCCCAGAACAAUUCUACGAGUCUCUCUUCGGUGCCGCUCCCUUUACCGUUGAGCCCUCUGCGCUCAUCUCGACCCCUGUCACCGACGCUCAAGUCACACCUAGUGGCGAUUCACUCAAGCGCAAGCUUAGUGAUGAUUCUUCUGACUGUGACUCGACGGCUCCCGCCAAGCGACCACGUGGACGCCCGCCAAAGUCCCGGACGAGUGACGCUUCUCUACCCAAGCGCCCUGUUCAGCGACUGUCAAAGAGCAGCAAGCUGGACACUCCCGGCACUGUCACCAUGUCUCUUGGUCCCGACUCUGAGCCUGGUUCACCAAAGCUCACGUCCUCUGGCAAACCCUCUACUGCUCGUCCUCGGUCCGUCGUCCCUGAGCGGUAUCUCCGUGAUGGCUCUGCGCAGAAGAUACUAGGCAUGGAUCUCGAUCAAAUUGCCAAGUACCCGUCAUUUGAGGAUCUGCUCAAGGAUGUGGAGCCGUCCAAGAAGGCACAGGCAGCCGAACUGGGAGCCAAGAUUGCCGACCAGCGAGACAAGGCUGCCGAUGCCGCCAAGAAGAGUCGAGACGAACGCAAGGCCAAGAUUGACACUCUUGAGUCGAAGGUGUCUGACCUCACUCGUCUGCUACGAUCCAUAGCAGCGCGAGGAGCUCUUACAUCGACCGAGACUGCUAUGCUUGUCGCGUUGUCCUCGGAGGAUUAG